CGACGAUAAGACAGCAUUCCCGGCAGCUGUCAGCCGUGCCAUUGGCCUCUUUGGUCUGCCCUGAAUUGCGCUGAACAGGGCAGGAGGUCGUGUGCCAUCACAGCGCGUGCCGUGGACCGUCAACCGGGUAAUUGGAGUGCUACAAAUAAGAAGCCAUGUCCUCCUUGUUGCCCUCUCUGUCCACUGCCUAUUGCAAGUGAUAGAUCUGUGAAAAUGCGCGUACAGACACUUCUUUCGGGCUGCCUGCUGCUUGCUACGGCCACGGCCUGGAACACCGAUGUCCACAAUCAGGUUGGCUUUAUGGCCGAGAAGUUCCUCUCUCCAUAUACCACGUCCGUUUUGUCUAAGAUUCUGGACCCGGAAUACUUAGGAUCGAUUGGCAGGGCGGCAGCGUGGGCAGACGCGUAUGCCCAUACCACAGAGGGUCGUUUCAGCUACCAGUGGCAUUGGAUCGACAGCAGUGACAAUCCUCCUCAAUUCUGCAACACGUACUACAACCGUGAUUGCACGAAAGGUGGAUGCGUCGUGUCCGCCAUCGCCAACCAGACGGAGAUAUUGAAGGGCUGUAUUUCCGCGGCCAAAAGCGGCGAGCUCUCUGCCGGCAAGAACCUAACUUGUGAUUACGCUUUACGCUGGGUCGUCCACUUUAUAGGAGACAUCUCACAGCCUCUGCAUGCUUCAGGGAUAGCGGAAGGCGGCAACGCAUUUCCCGUUACCUUUGGCGGGAAAGCUACUGAACUACAUGCUGUAUGGGAUGGCGAAAUCAUCUACGCCGACUCCAAUGUCCCCAGGUUCUCCAACACCUCCCUCGACCCAUGGAUGAGUGGCCUGGUCUCUAGAAUCCGAAGAGACGACUUCUUCGAGCCGACUGCCUCGUGGUUGGAUUGCGCCGACCCGUCUACACCCGUUCAAUGUGCCCUGUCAUGGGCGCGUGACACCAACCAAUGGAACUGUGACUAUGUGUACAGCCAGGUCUUCAAUGGCACGGAUCUGUUGACAAGCGGCUAUGCUGAAGGAGCUUAUCCAAUUGUAGAGCUGCAAAUUAGCAAAGGGGCAUUAAGACUCGCGACUUGGUUGAACAAGCUUGUUGCUGGAGACUACAAAAAGGACCGACAAGUGAUCUUGAGAACGAACCCGUCUUGGGCGCUCGGACCAGAUGGAGGUGCCUAGACGCAAAGAGUUUCGGUGAGAUGAAUCUAUGGGAGCGGUGUAUUAGAUCUUCAAAAGCACAUAAAAUAUUCAAUGACAUAGCGUAAGAACGGGACCUUCUUUUCAACUACCAAAGUCCGCUUGCAAAAACCAGCAGCUAUCCAAGCUACGAACGCAAGAUACUUCCACUCAAGUCAUAAAACUUGGACUUCAUGUCAAGAUAGCUACCUCACGCGCACGUCAAGAGGUGCUACAAGCCAUCACAAGAAUCAGAUUCACGC